AUGGACAACGAUCUAGAAACAGCCGAGGCGUAUGUCGUGAGCAAUCAUUUGUUUAGCGUGAACGAUGACAACUCCGAACUGGAGAUUCACCGUUACAAUAAACGGUUCUACAUCAUCAUCAGACCUGGGAAUCUCGAACAGUCACCUGCGAUCAAGAAUGAAUAUCUUCGAUACCUCAAUGCGCAAAGAGCGGACGCCGACGGUGACGUGCAGAGCGAAUGCUCUGUUGACCCCGAAGACAUCUACGAUUGGGCCGUAAAGCCUUGCUUGUCUCUUUUCAAGGAGCUUUCUCCAGAGCCAAAACAACAAACCGCUAAAAUAUCACUCUACGAUUACUACCACGCUGAAACGUUUUAUUAUCAUCUCCAUGCGGCCAACGAUAAGCUCACUCCAGUCACGAAUCCGAAAGGGGAGAGCUUCCUCCCACCAGCUGUGGAGCUUGCGCCAGAUGUGUUCCACCCCGCUCUGUCCUUCCCCCGGCAAAGUCGUGAUCCGAGACAGUCGGAAUGGGAAAGAAGUCAAAUGCUUUUUAAACCUUACAGCAAUGGCGACACGAAUGGGGCAACCCGUGAAGUGGCGAGUUACCGAAAGACCACAGAGUCAAACCUUACACCUGAUGUGCGGAUUUGUAGACUAGACGGCGUUGUAAAGGAUGAAUGGGAUCGACUUAUGGGUUUGUUGUUAAACUACAUCGAUUGCGAUCAUGUUACCUUGGCAUGUGCCCCCGAUGAGGAGACACCGGAUUCCCUCAAGCAAAAGUGGGUGAAUCAGAUCAAAGAAACACUAGCACAGCUCCACGAUGAAGGACUUGUAUGGGGUGAUGCUAAACCAGAAAAUGUAUUGAUUACUGAGGGCGAUGGUAGUGUCGGUGAUAAAGAAAAAGCCGGGACGGUUGAGGGGGAUUUGCAAGGGCCAGAGAAUAUUAUCAAAUAUGUUUUUGAAGGCAAGGAAGCCCCGUAUGCCGUUGCCAUGUCCGGCAAACGCUCCCGUGCAAUAUACGAGGCCGACCUACAAGCGCAACAAUCCCCUUUCGUAGCCUACGGGACACCUCUACCUCCCCUGGAUCCGGAUGUGCGUGAUGAUGGUUCAUACGUGCCAGUUUGGAAACAAGAGGUUCGAGAUGAGCGAGGCUUAAAGCGGCUUCAUGGUGCUUUCACUGGGGGUUUCAGUGCAGGAUACUUCAACACUGUAGGUUCAAAAGAAGGAUGGACACCCUCGACAUUCGUCUCUUCCCGGACGAACCGCACGAAAGAGGGCCCAAAGAUCCCCGAACAACGACCAGAGGAUUUCAUGGACGAGGAGGAUAUUGCCGAUGCAAGCGAAGCACAACGAGUUCAGAUGGCCGAGGGCUUCUCGGGACUUGGCUCUACGCAGGAUGAUUCUACUCGCCGCGGGGCAUAUAUCGAUGUUUUCCGAAUAGAAGGAGAGACGAUUGGUGUCAAGCUCUUGAGGAGAAUGGGCUGGAAGGAAGGACAAGGCAUCGGCCCUAAAGUGCGCCGGAAAGCACGCCUAGAUGCAUUAGAAAGGCCAGGAGAUGAAAAGGAGCCUACGCAUCUUUUUGCGCCUGAAAAUACACGCAUGAUUAGCUUUGUGAAGAAGAGCGAUCAUAAAGGGUUAGGGCUCGAGGGGCAGGCGAAAUUAUCUCCCAUUAAUGGCCUGGGAUCGGAGACUGUUAAAUCAGACGACGAUGAGGAGGAGGGUCACCUUGAUUUGGUUGGUCCUAAGAAGGGGAAAAAGAAAAAGGCCGUACGCGGUGGGAUAGGCAUUGGCAUUUUGAACGAUACCGGGUCGGAUGAUGAAGAUCCGUAUGAAAUCGGCCCACGGAUAUCCUACAACCGGGUAAUAGGAGGGGAGAAGAAGAAGAAAAAGCCCGCCAACGGAUCGGUCAACCCACUACUCAAAUCAAAACCGGUUUUCAUAUCAAGAAAGAAGGCAUCAUCAGGUCUGAGGAAGUGUCACGAUGGGCGGCUCCCUUUAGACGGAUUUAUAUUAAGCAGCAGCGACGAAUUCUCCUCCCUCAUCCAAGCUUCAACCAGAUAUGCAGCUCCCGAGAUACCCAAGGACUGGAAAUCCUCAAAACAGCCAAAAUCGAACGCCUCUAGCGCUGCAUAUCUCUCGCCGGCGGAAGCAGCCAAAGCCUCAAGCCUCGACCCCAAAUCCCGAGCCGCAAUACUAGGAGAGGCUGCGCUGCCAGGGAAGUCGGUCUUCGACUUCCUAAGUCCCGCUGCAAGAGACCGAUUAGCUUCCGCGUCCGGGAAAGGCAAUCUCCCACCCGCGCUCGGCGAGAUCCCGAAAGGCUACAACCUCAGCGAAGAAGACCGACGAAAGGAACUCCUAUCUCAGAUCCCCCAGGUCGACCCAUCGACGGCCCUCGCGGCGCUGACCCGCGGCGCAAGCGGCUUCAUGCCGUACGCAGAAGACGAAGCAAAACGCACCCGCUACCGCACAUAUCUCGAGAACCAAGCCGGUACAUCCCCCGUGCCCCCAUCCCCAGCUCCGGCCAUGUCCCGAGAAGACUGGCUGAAGGAGCUACGCGAAUUCGCAAACUGUGCCCAGAUCUUCAAACCCAUGUCGGGCAUGAUGGCCACGCGCUUCACCAGCUCAACCAAAACCACCAUGUCAGGGACCGUCGGCUCGGACGCGGGCGGCUCCUUGCUCAGCAAACCAGAACCAAAAAUAGAAGAUCCCGCGGAGCAGGCUGCGAAAGUAGGCAUGUACGGGCCCCUGACGCGGUCGUCGAAGGAUUGGUUCCCAAGCCGUUUGCUGUGCAAGAGGUUUAACGUGAAGCCGCCUGCCCAUGUCCAGCCCGGUGCUACGGAGCACGAUGAAUCGGCAGCACCAACGAAUGCGGCUCCGGAUCUGGUGUCGAAGGAGGCCAUUAGCGAAAUGAUGGCGGGUGUGAAUUGGAAUGGGGGUAUGGCUGGCGGUGCUUCUGUUAUAAAAACGGAAAGUAGGGAUGAGGAUGAGGAUGAGGUUAAGCCUGAGGUCGUGGUGGUUGAUACGGAGAGGAAUGAGGCGUUGGAGGGGGAGAGGGCUGGAGAAGCAGUUUUUAAUGCGAUUUUUGGGGAUGAUAGUGAUGAUGAUGAUGAUGAUUAA